AUGCCGUGCCGAUUUGGUGAUUUGACGCAUCGACCUAAGUCUUCCGUCGCUGGAUCGACGCCCUCGAACCCCAGCCGUCUCUACUCUGCCGGGUCCCAGGCAUCACUAGCCCUCUCCAAACCAUUCAAAUGCCCUGGCUCAGAAACCCGCCGUGUAUCUGACAAACCUGCACGCAAACGCCGUAAAGUGAACUAUGCUGGUGCAGAUGGUUGCGUGGAUGAUGAUGCCUCAAAACCAUGGACGAACGAGGAGCGGCUCGCCCUCGCAAACCGUGAUGCAAAUCGCUUCCCAGUAUUUAAAGUCAAAGAUAAAGAAGCCACGUUUCGUCAGCGAUUUCACAUCCCUUUGAUCGAUAAGUCAAGCGGUAACUACGGUUCUGGCCGUGCUGCCCCAACGUUAGGAAUGCGCUGUGGAGCGUCCUUUGUAGUCAAGCCACUACAUGAUCCCAGUGGAGAGUUCGCGAUCGUCCUCUAUGAUCCAACCAUAGAUGACAAGCCAGAUACCAAAGAGGAGCCUAAAGAGGUUCCUAGAGAUAAAGAUGACGAGGAAAUCGGGAAGAAUACUCUGGAUCAGCCAUUAGUGCAUAAAAGUUUGGCAGAGAUAUUGGGGAUCAAGAAAAAAGUUGAUGAGAGGCCGAAAGUGCCUGUUGUUAUUGAUCCAAGGCUUGCAAAGAUAUUAAGGCCACAUCAGAUCGAAGGUGUGAAGUUUCUAUAUCGAUGUACCACCGGACUGGUUGAUAAGAAUGCCAGUGGAUGCAUAAUGGCUGAUGGUAUGGGGCUGGGGAAAACACUGCAAUGCAUUACGUUGAUGUGGACUUUACUUAAACAAUCUCCCGAGGCGGGUAAAUCGACAGUUCAAAAAGCCGUUAUCGCAUGUCCAGCAACACUGGUAGGAAAUUGGGCAAAUGAGCUAGUGAAAUGGCUGGGAAAAGAUGCCAUUAACCCUUUUGUGAUCGACGGGAAAGCUUCGAAGACGGAGCUAAUAUCCCAGUUACGGCAAUGGGCUAUUGCCUCCGGUCGUUCUGUGGUUCGACCCGUUUUAAUUGUGUCCUACGAAACCCUACGAAUGAACUCGGAUGAGCUUCGUGAUACGCAAAUCGGGCUCCUGCUCUGUGACGAAGGCCAUCGUCUGAAAAAUGCAGACAGUCAAACAUACGUAGCACUGAACAAGCUCAAUGUCCAGAAACGUGUUAUUCUUUCUGGGACGCCUAUCCAAAAUGACCUGUCUGAGUAUUUUAGUCUUCUAGACUUUGCUAAUCCAGGAAUCCUUGGGUCACGCAGCGAAUUUCAUAAGACUUAUGAAAUUCCAAUUCUCCGCGGUCGUGAUGCAGACGGAACCGAAGAACAGCAGAAAAAGGGCAAUGAACGUCUUGCGGAACUUCUUAACCUGGUUAACAAGUUCAUUAUCCGAAGAAGCAACGACCUUCUGUCUAAAUAUCUCCCAGUUAAAUACGAACACGUCGUCUUCUGCAACCUUGCUCCGUUCCAGCUCGACUUAUAUAACCAUUUUAUCCAGAGUCCCGAAAUCAAGAGCCUCCUCCGUGGUAAGGGGAGCCAACCCUUGAAGGCAAUUGGCAUCUUGAAAAAGCUUUGUAAUCAUCCCGAUCUCCUUAAGCUCUCGGAAGAUCUACCAGGAUGUGAGAAGUAUUUCCCUGAAGAUAUGGCAUCAUCCAAUGGCCGCAGGGGCGACCGUGAGGUCAAAUCUUGGUAUUCUGGCAAAAUGAUGGUCUUGGAUCGCAUGCUCGCACGUAUCCGACAAGAUACCAAUGAUAAGAUCGUAUUGAUUAGCAAUUAUACCCAGACGUUAGACCUUUUCGAGCGCCUUUGCCGAUCGCGGGGGUACGGCUGUAUUCGCCUUGACGGAACAAUGGGUGUCAAGAAACGAUCAAAGCUGGUUGAUAGGUUCAACGACCCAAACGGAGAAGAGUUUGUCUUUCUACUUUCCAGCAAAGCAGGUGGAUGUGGUAUUAACUUGGUUGGUGCAAAUCGCCUGGUACUCUUUGACCCGGAUUGGAACCCAGCUGCAGACCAGCAGGCAUUGGCCCGAGUAUGGCGUGAUGGGCAAUCAAAAGACUGCUUCGUUUACCGAUUCAUUGCAACAGGGACGAUUGAGGAAAAGAUCUUUCAACGUCAAUCGCAUAAGCAAUCUCUAUCGUCAUGUGUGGUUGAUUCAGCAGAAGAUGUCGAGCGGCAUUUCAGCCUCGACUCACUACGGGAACUCUUCCAAUUCAAGCCAGACACGACAAGUGACACACAUGAUACCUUCAAGUGUAAGCGCUGCAGGCCGGAUGGGACGCAGCAUAUCAAAGCACCUGCGAUGCUAUAUGGCGAUACUAGUUCUUGGAAUCAUUUUGUCAACACGGGAGAUAAGGGCCCCAUGAAUAAGAUCCAGGACCUAUUGCUAAGACAAGAGACGACUGAACAAACCGUCAGCGCCGUUUUUCAGUAUAUCAGCCAUUAA